AUGUUCAUGCUCCGCAAUGUGAGCAAGUACCUCUUCGGAGACACUUCCAAAGAAUCCAUCAUCGAAAUUCCUCAAGGACAACUGUACCUUGUCCGCCCUCUAUCGCCCAAGGGAUACUCAGAGCUCAUCUUCAAGGACGCCGCUGCCUCCAUCAGACGCACCGGGCAAGAAUUUCAAUAUCAACUCGUCGUUCAACGAGCUUACGAGGAAGGGGAAGAGGAGCUUGCUGAAGACGACGACGAGCAAGGUAGUGACAGCCUGGAUAAAGACGAGAAGGUCUUCCUGCUCGACCAAGCCCUUCACUUUCGUUCUGAGGUCCGCGAAGGUGGUGCCAAGAUCCUGGCCUGGAGAGACCUCAGUGGCGACGUAGGUGAUCUCUUCGAGUUUGUCUGCGACUCGUCCGUACCGGCGGACAAGGUUUCCACCUUUGAGUUGGCCGCCCUUCAGUGCCAGUACGAGCGGACAUAUCGAACAAGCUCGCAGAAGGCUACUCGGGAAGAGCUGCAAGAGUUCUCAUUCCAAGAGGAGAGGCCCAUCCCGUCAGCAAGUCCCAUCUCUUCGCCCACAAAGUCUCGCGACCACUCCAUCGAUUCUCCCGACGCAGCAACUGCCAUGGCGAGGGACGUGGAAUAUUCCAAAUCAAAGGGCUUGAUCAAGCCUGCUGCUCAAGACGAAUCGACUGUUGCUCCGCCGUCGGCUGCGCAACCUGAGCCUCGGGAGAUUCUUGCGCAAGAGAAGGCCGAACUGCACCUCUUCGAUUUCCCCACUGGAACUUUUGUACAGCAAGAUGCCAAUAUCACCGCGACAGUCUCCGAGGUUGGUGACUGGCAAUAUUGGCUCCAGAUUAGUGGAGACGACAAGGAAUGGCUUGGCCAGGCAGUCGUCGCUGAUAUCAACCCUGUCUUCAACUUUGAAUACUUGUCCUUCAUCUUCAACGCCUACAGCGAGGACGGUUCAGCCUACUCUUGGCUCCUGCGCUUCCAUGAUCAAGAGACGGAAGAGAGAUUCCAAGAGGGUCUCAUGCAGGCGCUGUGGGAACAGCUGAACGAAAUGAAGUGGGCCAAGGUCAAGGAGAAUGAGAAGGAGUAUGUUUUGGACGCCUUCCAGGAUCUGACCAUGGAGGACGCCGAGGAGCGCGAAGCCGAGGCUGAGGCCGAGGAGGAAGAGGAGUCCGAAGAAGAGGACCAGGAUGAGGGCCAGCGUAGCGAACACUACGAUUCCGACGAGGAGGAAGACGAUGUGGUGACCCGUGAAGAUGACGGCAAUGUCAACUCGCAAUUGGCCGUCGGUUACAAGCACGAUCGUUCGUUCGUGGUUCGUGGUUCUAAGAUCGGCGUGUUCAAGCACACCCCCAACAACAACCUCGAAUUCUCGACCAACAUCUCCAAGGUUGAGACUCCAAGUGGCAAGCUUUUCAGCCCGAAGAAGGUCAUGCUACACGCCGAAGAUUCGAACAUGAUCUUGCAGAACAGCGAUGACCCCAACUCCCUCUACCGCAUGGACUUGGAGUACGGCAAGAUUGUGGACGAGUGGAAGGUGCAUGAUGACAUCCCCGUGCACACAUUUGCCCCGGAGAGUAAAUUCUCUCAAAUGACGUCCGCUCAAUCCUUCAUUGGUGCCUCGAAGAAUGCUCUCUUCCGCGUCGAUCCCCGUGUGGCCGGAAACAAGCUGGUGGAGUCUGAGCUGAAGCAAUACGCCAGCAAGAACGACUUCUCCUCUGUGGCCACCACGGAGAAGGGAUACAUUGCCGUCGCGUCUAACAAGGGCGAUAUCCGCAUGUUUGACCGACUUGGUAUCAAUGCAAAGACUCAUAUUCCGGCGCUGGGCGAGCCCAUUAUUGGUCUCGAUGUGUCUGCCGAUGGUCGCUGGGUCUUGGCCACUUGCCGUACCUACCUCCUGCUCAUCGACGCCCUGCAGAAGGACGGCAAGAACGAGGGCAAGCUAGGCUUUGAGCGUUCUUUCGCCAAAGACUCCAAGCCGCAGCCGCGUCGCUUGGGUCUGCAGCCCGCUCAUGUCGCCCAGUUCCAGCACGAGACCAAGAAACCAAUUGCUUUCACUCAGGCUCGCUUCAACACGGGUGUUGACUCACAGGAAACAUCGAUCGUCACCGCUACCGGUCCCUUCAUCAUCACUUGGAGCUUGAAGAAGGUCAUCGCUGGCCGCAAGGACCCUUACACCAUCAAGCGGUACGGUGAGGAAGUCAUGGCCGACAAUUUCCGCUUCGGUUCGGACAAGAAUGUCAUUGUUGCGCUACCCAACGAAGUCAACAUGGUGGCGAAGAAGAGUCUGCUGAAGCCGACACGUGAGAGUAUUGCUGGUCCCUUGCCCAUGACUCCUCGGCGCCGUACGCACUGGGGCAGUCGUCUGGGCAGGGACGACAUUGUCAACUCGCCGUACUGA